AUGACUUGGUGCGAGCCCUCAGUCUACACGGGACUGUUGGUGCUGUGGCUCUUUCUCUUUCCAGUAAUUUACCUGAAGAUGAUUUUAGCAGUGAUGAUGACAGCCUGUUACAGCCUUCUUUUCCCCCUUCAAAAGAAAAUAGAUUCCUUGCAGUCAUUGUUAAAGGAGCUUGGGAAGAAUAUGAGUGAAGAGAGAGUAAAAGUAAAAAUUGAGGAGGAGGACAUACUGAACGAUGCAUUGGCCCAUGACAAAAGUCCUGAGUUUGAUGUUAAGAAGAAGCUAAGAAUCCAGUUUAAAGGCCAACCAGCAGUGGACACAGGUGGUGUUACAAGAGAAUUUUACACAAAGUUGUUCCAAGUCAUUUGCAAGAUGUUCUUUCAAGGCUGCUAAUACAAGAGUCCUGUGUACAGUGCAGAUAUUGUAGCCUCCGGACUAAUGCGAUACUUUGGCACCAUGAUUGUUCACAGUAUUUUACAAGGUGGCCCAGGCUUCCCAGUGUUGAGUCCUUCAGUAUACUGUUACAUUGCUUCUGGUAAUAUUGAUGCAGCAAUGGCCAAGAUGAAUUAUGGAGAUUGUUCAGAGCCUGUUAAGCAUUUCAUUGACAAGGUACAAACUGGACAUUUGAGUGCAUUCUAAAAUUACUGACUGAAAGGGAGCUUGUAAUCAAUUGAGUAGAAUACAGUACUUUGAUUGUGACUCGAACAUCUUUCAAUUCACCUAUGAGUAUACAAUCACUACAAUGUCAAGUAACAUCAUAAUCAUGACCAUGGCAUUACAGUUCUGUUUGUAAAAAUUAUCUCAAAUUUGUGCCUACUUCUUACUAUUGCUUCUAAUAACAUAUGCAAAUAUGCAUUACAGAUGAAAUAUACAUGUAAUGAUGAUAUUGCCAACAAUCAGCACACAAUAGCAAUAAAAUUACUAUGUUUAUUUACAGAACAAAGUUUACAGUCAACAAUUGAAAACCACUCACAUCAGAUUUUAUUUUUUAUCAAUACUAGGUUGCACAAGCUGAAGAUGUGUGUAGUCUUGACAAAGAAGAAUGCUCAAGUAUGUUGUCUGAGUGUGGCCUUGCUGUUGCAUUAAC